AUGACAGUAAAGAUUAUAGUUUAUUACAAACCAAGUAUAUAAAAAGAACCGCACAUAUGUUCGCUCUUAUAGUCUAAGUAUAAUUUUUACAUGUUCGUCACUUCUCGUCACUCCUCAGUUAGCUGACAACAAAAGGUACAACAAAACUUUGUCUCCGAGUUAUAUGAGAUAAUAUUGCGCCAAUAUUAGUUACUGCAUCACUCUGUAGUUUUUUGGAUAUUCCGCAUUCUAUAUUUUAUUGGUUUCAACAAUUUUUUGAAGAAAAAGAAACCGUGGCGAAAAAUUUUGCUGAUCACAGGUGUAAUACUCUUUAAACGUUUUUUGUUACUUUCUAUCUGCAAAUUAGGGUCGUUUUUGUCGCACUGUAUCUUUCUCUAUGUUGAAGGUAUAGAAAGAAUAAUUUAACUGUGAAAGUGAAUAAAAUUGGAUUUUAAAAACUAACAGAGGCUACAAAUCUUACAUUAGUGGCAGCUGUGCAGGAUAGAAGUGCAAACAGUGUAGUUCGAAUUCCAAGGAAGAUAAGAGGUUUUCUAGUUAAGUGGAAAAACUGAAAAAUGACCGCACUACUAAUUCUGCUUAUUUUGACUGUUUUGUUUUUUGGUUUAAAGUUGCGACAAUCACGACAAAACUAUCCACCAGGUCCUUUUCCUUGGCCAUUGAUUGGAAAUGUGUUNUAUGUGCGCAAACUUACCAAAGAACUCGGUGCGCAAUAUCUUGCUUUUGAUUAUCUCAGCAAGAAAUACAAAAGUAAAAUUUUAAAUUUGCAAUUGGGUGCUAAUGUAGUGGUUAUCAAUGAUUCGAAGCUUGUGCAUAUUUUGCAAAAAGACGAGUUUAAUGCUCGCCCGUGGACCAAACUGAUGAAUCUGCGAAAUAUGGGAAUGAAAAAAGGUCUUGUGAUGAACGACGGUUCCGAGCACAAAUAUUUGAGGGUGUGGUCAUUACGCACAAUGAGAAACAUCGGAUACGGCAAACGCACAAUGGCAGAUUUUCUUCUGAACGAACUUCAGAUCAUCUUAGACAAAUUGAAAAAGGAAAAUGUACGGUAUAUGAAACCUGUAAUCGCAACUUCAACACUCAACACGCUCUUUUUGUUGAUCGCGGGGAAACAUUUUUUGGACAGCGAUAAGAGAUUGCAGUCAAUUUUGCAUCUGAUCGAAUGUCGCGCGAUAGUGUUCGACGUUACCGGAGGAAUAGUUUCGUCGUUUCCCUGGUUACGUUACAUCGCACCCAAUAUGACAGGAUACAACAUUUUAUUGGAAUUGAAUAAACAGCUCAAGGAUCUUUUAAUGGACGUUAUUACUAAACACAAAGAGCGAUAUCAGAACAGAAGCGAGACGGACUUUAUUGAUUGGUUCUUUCGCGAGAUGUCGGAGCACGACAAGAAUGAACACUCUGUGUUCGAGGAUAACACUUUGCUUAUCAUCUUGGUGGACUUUUUUAUCGCCGGAGCUAGCACGACGACGCCGGUUUUAGAGUUCCUGUUUUUAGAAAUGGCCAAUCACCAGGAUGCACAGCGCAAACUGCACGAGGAAAUCGAUCGAGUGAUCGGUCCCGACAGAUUUCCCGAUAUGACCGACAGAAAUAAAAUGAAUUUUACCGAGGCUGUGAUAAACGAGUGCAUUAGAAAAUGGAUAAUUUUUCCGGUGAUACCUCGAGAAACGGUGGAGGAUACAAUAAUCGAGGGCUACAAAAUACCGCGAGGUACCACAGUAUUGUUUAACAUGGCGUCUUUAAAUCACGACGCGACGUUAUUUCCCGAUCCGAUGUCGUUCAAGCCCGAACGGUUUUUGAAGGACGGUAUAUUUCAAGUAAAUGAAAACUUAAUGUUAUUUGGAAAAGGAAAACGACGAUGUCCUGGAGAAAUACUCGUCAGAUCGGCGCUGUUUUUCUUUUUUGUUGGCGUGAUGCAAAAGUAUCAGGUUCUUCCGCCGAACAAUGAAGAUUCUAUUAAAAUAGAAGUAAACAUAGGAUUGACAGUUCAUCCGAAGCCGUAUGAACUGCUAAUCGUUCCACGAUGACUUCGUUUAUAGUAACCGAGUAAAUGUAUAUUAUAAAAGUUAUUGUUCUAAACANUCUUAGCAUGGCGAAUUUUUGAGUGAUAAGUGUUUUGUAGAUAUUUGAAGUAGAAAAAUAAAAAUAAAUAA